UCUCCACCCAAGUUAGCAAACUGAUCUGAAAAAGGAACCUGGGAAUAACAACAGCAUUCAAGCCUGAACUCCAUUCUACCAGACGGAACAAGAACACAGAGAGAAGAAGAAGAAUUUUCUUUUGAUCAAGUGAAGAAACAAAUCAUCAACCAACAAUGGUUUCUGCAGGUUUCCAGAUCUUGGGUGCUGCUUUGGGGAUCCUGGGCUGGAUUGGUGCCAUCCUUACGUGCGCUUUACCCAUGUGGAGAGUCACGGCUUUUAUUGGCAGCAACAUUGUGACAGCGCAGAUCACCUGGGAGGGAAUCUGGAUGAGCUGUGUGGUCCAGAGCACAGGUCAGAUGCAGUGUAAGGUCUAUGACUCCAUGCUGGCCCUCUCUUCUGACCUUCAGGCUGCUCGCGCCUUGACUGUCAUCUCUAUUGUGGUGGGCAUCUUGGCCAUCCUGCUUUCUGUAGCUGGGGGAAAAUGCACCAACUGUGUGGAGGAUCAAACAUCCAAAGCCAAAGUCGGCAUUGGCGCUGGGGUGGGGUUCAUCGUCGCUGGAAUCCUCUGCCUGAUUCCAGUCUGCUGGACGGCCAACACUAUCAUCCAGAACUUCUACAGCCCUCUCCUGAGUAACGCUCAGAAGUACGAGCUGGGGGCAUCGCUUUACAUCGGAUGGGGUACGUCUGCUCUGAUGCUGAUUGGAGGGGGAAUGCUCUGUUCCAACUGCCCCAAAAAUGAAGACAACUACACAGCAAAAUACGCUGCUGCAAGAUCUGACAUCUCAUCACCACCUGGGAAACUUUCUACACAAUACGUCUAAAGCAAUUUACAGAAGAACUUUUUACAAAUUGAUUAUGAGUGCUGAUUUUUCCGGAUGUAUCGUCUUCAAAGGACGUUUAUCCUGAUGAAAAGUCCUGAGCAAAAACAUGAACCACACCCUUUGGAGAAAUUCAUGUGCAAAUGUUCAUUGUGUGUUUGAAUUGUUACUGUAAAACUGUCCUUAGAAACUUUCCAUUGAUACAACUUAUACUACAAAAUCUUUAUUUUAUUGUCUACAAACUUUGUUUAUGUUUUUGAAAAGUUGUCCCUGUAAUUUUGUUUGGGAGAUGUGAUUUGCUAAAAUUGUUCCAUAAAUAAAGAUUGAUUUACAAAGUCAAA